AAUGGGAGGAGGGGGUUGUUUCCGCGCAGCCGAGCUUCCGUCACCGUCGCUGGCUCCCUUCUCUGUCAUUGUCGCGUAACACAGGAAAGAUCUCAAGCUUGCAACUGCAACCAUGGUUGGUAACAGUGACACCGAACACAGCACAACACAGAGGUGGCGAUUCACCUGGGAAGCACAAUCGCCUACCCCAACACUUCGCCUAUUGCUCUUCACCACCGACACCACCUUCAACCCUUCCCUCCAAUGCUACAAUCUCAGUGUCAAAUUUACUUCCCCACACUCUGUCCUAUCCGUGGAAUGGUCUGACUCUGAUGGCGCUGCACCCUCCAAGCUCAGCGUUCCGGUUCCAAGGGUUUUGGUUGACAGGGAGUCACCGGUGAUCUUCCGGGCACUCAGCGAUCACAUUGAGGUGAAACUCUGCCUCCUCCUUCCUGUGAAUCACCCCAUCCUUUCCUGCCUGCCCGACGACCUCCAAAAUCUGUUGCCCGGUGCCUCCGGGCCUCUCAAAAUGCAAUCUGAUGUUGAAAGUUUAUCUUCUAAAGGAGAAGUAGACUUCUAUUGCAGAAGAUGCUCAUUCCAAUUAAACAGAUAUCCUCUGAGGAAUUUUGUUGAAAUGCCAUCAGCGAAUUGGAGGGAGGUUGCCGACAACUGGUUCGGGGCUUGUUGUUGUUCAUUUGGUGGUAUAAGUGAGAAGCUGGUGGUAAGGUAUGCUAAUUCUUAUGCAUGUUCACAGGGGAUAUGCCUAUUGAGCUAUACAUCUGUCACUCUUUGCAAGGAUGAUCUGCUGGAAUCUAAUUUUCCUGAAGUGUGUGCACAAAAAGGGUGUGAUUCUGUCGUCGAUAACCUUGCAGAUGAAAUUGUCUGCAAAGCCACAAUAACCUCUGGAUUAACCAAGGAAAGCACCUCAACCUUCAAUCAUACUGAUACAAGUCAAGUGAUAUGUACUUUUAAUGAGAAUUCAAGGUUUACAUUUCCUCAGAAUGAAAAGCUUUCUGUGAAUUUGAGACAUGAAGUCACUGUGAAUAAGCCUAAUAAUAGUGACUUCUCUAAUUCACAUCCAGAUUCAGAUGGGGCUGAAGAUGUGGCCAUCACUCCUAAUUGUUGUGUUCAUAAGGCUAGUAUUCUUGGGGAUGAAGACAUGGAAAUUCUAGGAAAUAAGAGAUCUUUCCUCAAUGGGUUUCUUGAAGAUGUUUUCAUGGCUAGAUCUUCAAAUCUUUCAAGUGAUAUUGAUUGGCAUGAAUUUAAAUGCCCUCAAUGCAGGUCUCUUCUUGGAGCCUACCCCUGUUGUGAGGGCCUUGCUCCUGUAGAUGGAGGAGUACGAUUAAUCAAAUGUUGUAUAUCAACCUGUGUGCCAAAUGGAGGAUCAGGUGACAUAUUCAGCAACUAUACAGUAGACAGAAUGUUUGCAAAUCAGUUGGUGGAGUGUGCAAGUGCUGAAUCUUCCUUCCGGUUUGUUAUAAGAGAGCUAAACACUAAAUCCCCUGUCCUGCAAAUUGUUCUUUUAAAUCCAGACAAUUGGUCAUGUUUUGGCAGUUGUACAGGCACUGGGGAUGAAAAUAUACUUCCUAAAUUACAGUUACAGCCCAUCAUCAAGGUACUUUUUUCUGACUGCAUGACCGGAGAUGAAACUCAAUUAAGAAUAAUAGAGGAAUGGGCGACAAAGAAUUCGGCUGAAGAUAUUUUCAUGCUGACCCAACAAAUUGAAGAAUUGGUCAGGUCGUUGAUGUCAGCAAAGGAUAAAUAUCCACCUUCAUGUGCUUCCCUUCAAAGGUUAAUUUUGUCAUCUUUGCAACGAUAGGCGAUAACAAGCUUCUCAAUGACUCAUUCAUCUAGUCAUCUAUGCUUUGAUUAGUGAUAAAGAGCAAAUAAUGGAGGAUUAUUUUUGAAUGUACAAAAAAGAGUAGAUGGCUAUGGUUAAAUGAUAAUUCCGUGGGGUAAGCCAAAAUGUGGAUAAAUGAUCACAGCAUUGGAGUUGUUAGGCGACCCUCAAAUGAGACUACCAUGGAAACACUAAGAAUUUUGUAGUAAUUAUCCUGAGCUUAAGAAAUGCAUGAGGGCGGAAUUAUUUUCACAGAAGCUAUUUGAUCAUGGUGAAUUUACAUAUAUACAUUGGGGAAAAAAAGGGCUGAGCGUAGCUUUAGAUUCGAAGAUUAGAGAUCUAACUUGUAUUCCUUCAGAGUUCAGAUGAUCAGUAAGAGUAGUGUGAUGUCAUAUUGCCGUGCGUCUGGAGUUCUUGUUACUAUAUAGAUUUUGUUUAAAAUUGUAGGAUUAGUUUAUACUCCUUAAUUUUCUAUAUGUAUCCAUUAUUGUAACUGGCUGGGCUGCUGUUUUUCAAUGAAAUUGUAUUUACAAAAAAUGUAUUACAAAUUUCGAGACAUCAUGACAUGUAUGAUGUUAAAUGUUGAGGAUCAUGAGUCAAAAUGUCGAUGAGUCUUGUAGCUAUUAAAUUUAACCAUAGGAAAGUUUACACAUGUUCCAUACUAUCUAUUUGGAACAUUUAUGUUCCAAUCAGCAGAGGAGUUAAGAUAGAUUGUGGGCACUAAAUUAAGGUACUUGAAAAGAAACGCCUUUCAAUAUGGUCAAAUGGAAUUCUAAACAAGACCCUUUACGUGCUUAUUGAACAUGUAAAAGAUGU